CUUUCACUUGGGUAGCAGGAAGUGGACUGACAGGACAGACACCAUGGGGAGAAAGAAGAAGAAGCAGAUGAAGCCUUGGUGCUGGUAUUGUAACAGAGACUUUGAUGAUGAAAAGAUCCUCAUUCAGCACCAGAAGGCCAAACACUUCAAAUGCCACAUCUGUCAUAAGAAGCUGUACACUGGCCCUGGACUCGCUAUCCACUGUAUGCAGGUACACAAAGAGACAAUUGAUGGAGUUCCUAAUGCAAUACCUGGAAGAACAGAUAUCGAGCUGGAGAUUUAUGGCAUGGAGGGAAUUCCUGAAAAAGACAUGGAAGAGAGAAGAAGAGUGCUGGAACAAAAGAACCAAGACACUCAAAAGAAGAAACAGAACCAGGAUGACUCUGAUGAGUACGAUGAGGAUGAUGAGCCUGGUCCCUCCUUCCAGCAGCCCCCUGCAGGUCAACCUCAGGCAGCCUACAUCCCCCCUAUGAGCCAGCCUGGCAUGCCUCCUGGCUCUGGGGCUCCAGGGAUCCCACCGGGCAGCUACUCAGGAAUUCCCCCAAUGAUGCCAGGUGUGCCGCCAAUGAUGCCACGAAUGCCUCCCGUUAUGCCAGGAAUGCCUCCAGGGAUGAUGCCAAUGGGUGGGUUGAUGCCUCCAGGUCCAGGGAUGCCACCAAUGAUGCCAGUUGUGCCACCAGGCAUGCCUCCUCCUGUGGUUCACCGUCCAGGGAUGCCACACAUGGCUCAGGUUCCUUCUGCUGCAAACUUGCUGACUAGACCUCUUGUUCCUGCUGCCACGGCCCCCUCAGCCCAGCCGGCUGUCACUAAGCCUCUGUUCCCCAUUGCUGGACAGAUGGGCAGUCGCGUUUCAAGUACAAGUGCAGACUCUCAGUGUGCCUCCCCUAAAGCUCUGCUCCCUGUCACCUCACAAAGUCAGCAGUCAGGGUCCCCCCACCCCCCCUCCUGUACCUCCUCUGAUCCCUCAAAGCCCACAUUCCCGGCCUACACUCAGGCCACCGGAGCUGUGGCCAGCCCCACUGCUGGCAGCAGUACGGUUUCCAAACCUCCCUCUACUGUGACCAGUAAGCCCGCUACCCUCACCACCUCCAGUGCAACCAGUAAGUUGAUCCACCCUGAUGAGGAUAUCUCACUGGAAGAGUUUCGGUCUCAGUUGCCGAGAUACCAGCGCAGUGUUCCCCGCCACGGCCAGACCACCGCUGCUGCCCCGUCAGUUGGUCCUGUAGGGGGCAUGAUGGCACCUCAGCAGUCCGGCAUGAGGCACCCCAUACCUGGUCAGUAUGGUGGUCCGCCCCAGGGGAUGCCAGGCUACAUGCAAGGAGGGAUGCCUCCAUACGGACAGGCCCCACCUGUGGUUCCCCCGGGGUACCAGGGAGCCCCUCCGAGACCACCCAUGGGUAUGAGGCCCCCUGUCAUGUCUCCUGGAGCCCGCUACUGAAGCCUGCCAUCCUCUCUUCAAUAGGUUUGGACUCUCAACCCUUUUCUAAUGUCCUCAGCUGCUAGUAGACAAACCACUAUUGGUGUUAUAGUACCCCGACCUGUUUAUUCUACUACUGAGCUAUGAGGAAGAGACACUGAAUAAACAGCAAACAAAAGAGCUAUAAAAACACCACAGAGCACAUGGGGAAUAUUUACACUGUACAUAACCAAGACUAUGACCUGUUGUUUCAAACAUCUCUGUUCUGUGGCUUUUUUUCCUUCUCAUGUUUCAUUCAGGUGUGUAGAAGUUUAGUAGAUAUGGUUCGUAGUGUUGUGAAGGCGCUGGAGUUACAUGGGCAGUUCCCACCAUUUAUCAAGGCAAGUUUUCUGUAAAUACAUUUCUGUUCUGAGCUUAACAGUGAGGCCUUCACAGCACGUAGUGCUGUUGGACUUUGUGUCCCCAACUUUGUUUGGUGAGGGCUUCAAAUAACUGUUUAUGCAUUCAUUCUGUCUCAUGUUCAUAGUUUUAACCCUGAAUAGUUGAAGUACCAAAUGAUGGUAUAUGUAUUGUUGUAAAACUGUGCUGUAAUAAAAUGUGGCAAAAAUGUAAGACUCUUCUUUGCGGGACGCUAGUGGGAAAAGAGCCGUCACAGCAGGUUUGUACUCCACAUGUAGACAUGUCCAUCGUUCUUUUGUCUUGGAGAUGAAAAAUAUCAACAGAAAUGUGCUUUUGUGCUUUUUGAGUUGAAAUUAAAAAAUGUUGGUAAACGUUUUAUUUCAGCUAUUAGCAGUAUAGUGUUUUUCUAAAUCGAUGCUCUGUACAUGGUGUGUCCAUUGUACAGCUGCAUAACUUCCGGGUCGCUGGUGGCUGUGGUGCUAAAACCCCGAUUUCUCUUCUCCCUGUAGCGAUGCCAUGGGGGACUGGCUGAGGCCCUGUCUCAGUGUAGCCCUGUUUCAGCCUGAGGCAAGUCUCACCAUUUUCUGUCUUCUCAUUCAUUACCAGGGGCCCUCACAGCUUACACGCUGUUGGAUCUCCAUGUCCCCAAACUUGCAGCAAGUUUGGUGAAGGCCCUUGUUUGUGUUGUUGUUGCGUUCUUCAGGCAUGUGAACUAUGCUUUAUUAUUGUUAAGCUCUUAUGUGACAUUUAAGUAGUAUCCUCCUCUGAGAGCAUCAGAAAGCUUGGUUUUCAUUUCAUAACUUCAUACUCCAAAGUAUGGAGCUUUUAAAUGAAACCCUUUUCCUUUAGAAGCAUUUGGUAUAACCUAGUUCUACUUUUUAUGGCGUGGUCAAAAGUCUAAUAAUUUGUAACAGACACCAUUAACAGCCGGUCACAUACAGCCACAGACACAUACAGUGAAUGUUGGGCGGUUUGUGAUGAACAAAUGACUUUUUUAUAUGCUUGUAAAAUGGCUUUAUCACUUGAUCCUGUUUGUUUCAUCAGCUGUCCUCACAUGAUCAUUUGAAUUUAACUUCUUACAUGAAGGAGAACCGUACCAGGAACAGGUUAGUUAAAGCUGUAAGUACCACUGCUGUAAAUGAAAUUUCUGUCAACCUGUGUUUUGUGUGCACACAGAAUGAGAUCUUAAUGUCUGUCACCUUUUUGGAAAACAUAAAACAAGCUCUCCAAAAUUCUUGAGCAUUUUACAUCAAUGGCCGCCAAAUGGUUGGAUGAUUGCGAAACAACUCGGGGCAUAAAUGUCCAAAUGUUUAAUAUUUGAGUGUGCAACACAUUCUAUCACAUCUCAAAAUAGUUUUUGAUGGGAAUAACCUCCAUUUAAACUGAUGAUUUACUGUUUUACAUUAUUAAGACAGGCAGAGUCUUCACUGGUAAGUAUGUGUGUCAUUUAUGAUAAUGCUAAAUGCUUGUUCAGGGAGUGGCACACAAUCUUAUUUAUUUAAGUUUCGUUGGCACUUUAUAAUAUGUCUUCUUUUUAAGUCUUUUUUAUGCAACCAACUUUUGACAGUACAAAUUCUUUUUGAGGUUUAAAGGUUCUCAAUGACAUAUUCAGAGCAGAGGUGUUGGUGUGAACCUGAUUCUCUGCUCAGGUAGACCAUAAUAUUAUUAUAUCUGUACACUACAAAUAGUUGUUUUCUGCUUCAUCAAGGCUCUGAAGAACUUAGUGAGAACCAUUUAAAGAACAAAGUGUGAAAGCUUCAUAAUACAUUUGUACAGUGUUUUCUGAUUGGUAGGUCUAUUUAUUUCUUUUUAAAAUAAAAUUUGAAGCAGAGGAAUUUACUAAGUUGUCAGACACUGUAAUAUUAGAAAUUAAAGUAAUGUGUGUGAACGAGCACAUAAUUCAUGCCACCCAAGUCAAAAAAGUCUGGAUUAGUUUUCGUACGCUAAUCAAGUUAAUAUUCACAAUUCUUUUUGCUGAAAAUUUAGAUUAUAGGGUUUGUCAGAUAUUGCAAAAAAAAAGAAGGAAAUUAGGCUUUUACCUGAAGAGUUCAGUUAUAUGAAAAUACUCAUUUUCUGCUACUUGUAGUUAUUUCAUACCUACUCGGCCGGUUUGGAAGCUUUUCUUUUUUUUCACGGCUUUUAAGUUAUGUGAAAAACUUUAUCUUAAUCAUGAAUAUUUGUUUUAGGAUCUGUCCUUCAAAGCACUCCAUUUAUGAUUACU